GACUCAGUGAGAGAGACUCGAACAUUCCAACCCUGAUCGUUGCACAUUUGAAGCAGAAUUCCCAAGGGAUAGAAGAGUGAAAGGGAGAUCAUACAGAAGAGAAGAGAGAGAAAGGUUGAAGAAGAGAGAGAAAGGUUGAAAAGAAAGAGAAAGAAUAAGGGAGCAGGGGAAGAGAAAAAUAAUGGAAAGCUGAAGACUUCUCAUUAACAAAUAGACAGGGGUGCGGAGUUCCAGCGUGUCUCCCAACAGAUGUGGAAGGCUAAGUUGCUGCGUCAGGAGCAGAGCUAAAAGGCUAACAUCUGAGAAGCAGAGAAGACGACAACAUGCCUCCCUGACCACCGCCAGUGCCAUCCCUAUUUGCAUACAGCCUUCAGGAUAUCCCCUCUGUGAAGAUGUAGUCCAAUUGGUUGCCUUGGAGAUGUCUCUAAACAGGGCCUCCUCUUGGCGCCGUCCCCCUGCCCUGUUGCUGUGGACUCUGUGGGUUCUAAUCCUCCCCUCAACUGUCACCCUGAACACAGGCCCCGGCAACAGCACCCUGCUCUUUGACAGCACCGACAACAGCAACAGCCUGCGGAACUGCAGCUGCUCCGCCCACAUCCAGGACUGUGACGAGGCGCUGGCCAACCUGCUGUGCAGCUGCCACACUGUGCUGCGCUCCAAGCUGACCCCCGGCGGCCUGAGGGAGCAGGGCGGACUGACUGUGUGGCUCAGAGAGCCCUGGGUUCUCACAGAGCUGCUGAACGGCAGCGUGGUGCUCGACCUACGCCUGUCGUUCUGUGCCACUGGCACCCUGGCCAUCCCCAACCAGUACCUGGCCCUGUUUGGCCUCCGUAGGCUGAGGGUCCACAGUGCUGCCCAGGGCGCUCCACACUUGGAGCAGGUCCUCACCAUCUCCUCUACGAGUAGGGAUAUGGAGGGGAUGGGGUGCCUCUCCUCCACUGACCCCGCCUCCCCCUCCUCCGUUCUCCAUGUAUCCUUCCUGGAUGUGUCAGCGCUAAAUGGGUUGUCGUCCCUGAAGGCCUACAGUGUGAGCGCCACUCCCAUGUCCACCCUCUUCCAACACUUCCCCCACCUGCCCCUACCCCUACACCCCUCCACCGCCCUGGAUCAGCCCCCGGAGCCCCAACAGGACUGCCUCCUCACCUUCAUAUACUAGACCUGUAGGCUCUGAGCUCAGAGCUAGAUCUGUGGAAACUAGACUGGGCUGGAUGGAUGACACUGAGGUGCCUACAAGAGCUCCAUCCACCCAGAUGUUACUGAAUGGGCUUGGUGUGUAGAGAGCUGUGCUGCUUUCCAAUGUGUGUCUAUAUGGUGCAUUUCUACAGUGCAGGAAAAAACAAACACUAUUAUCUGUCCUCAAGAGGACUCUGGACAAGAAAACACAACCAUCUCUGAGAAGAAGAUGGAGUCAUAUUUCAAUAUCAUUGCAAGAAAAAGGGAGAGGUCCGGUUAGGUGAGAGUAAGACAACGAUGGCAUCCGUCUGCUGCUCUAUAAACUGACAGAGCUUGUAGACCUGCUGCUUUCUGACAGUUACAUUUUCCAGCUGCUCUUUUCUCUCGGUUAUUGCGUGCAGAUGGCCUAUUAAAACAUGUUGUUUUGAAACCGGUUACGAUAUCUGCCUUAUAAAUGGGCCAGCCUGGUUAGAACCCUGUUGGAUCAUCAGGCGAUGGACUUCACUCUUCGUGACUGUACAGUUCUGAAUCCACCUACUUAAGCUGGACUUGGUUGGGGUUUUAUUCAAGAUGAAGCUAAAAGCGUUCUGGACUGGUUUGAUCUGGAAAUUGGUCCGGCCCAUGCUGGAUUGAUUACGUCACUCUGUUUCUGGUGUUCUAGAAUUCAGGGUUGUCCUGGAACAACCAUGGAGUGGAGUGUUCUCAUCUCUAUGUUCCACAAUGUGUUCUUCUGCUCAUGUUCUAGAACAGGGAUGGGCAAACUUUUUGGCUCGAGGGCCACAUUGGGAUUUCGAAAUUCAACGGAGGGCCGCACAUUUUUUUGUUUCACAAAAUAAUAAUUCCCCCACCAAAAGUUUCUAAAAAAAAUACUCAAACCUCCCGCGGGCCGGAUUGAAUGUAGUUUGCCCAUCCCGCAGGCCGUAGUUUGCCCACUCCUGUUCUAGAAUGACCAUGUAUAUUUACAGUGGUACCUUGACCAGGGACCUACUAUAGACCAGCCUAGUAAGGGUUAAUACAUUUUAAUCAUUGUGUAAAAAAAGGAGCAUGCAAAGAGGUGUUAGGAACUCAAAAAUAAGUUCUCCACUCAGAAAACGAAUGGCACCAAUCUGGUCUUUAUUUCCAUCUCACAUCCUGAGAGAGACGUAAACAUUCAAUUCAUCUAAAACCACUCUCACAAACAAAGACUGCAGCCAACACUUCUGUUCUGUAGAUCAUCCAGAGUCUGAGUGUGUGCGUGUGUGUGUGCGCAUAUGAAUGUGUGUGUCUACGCGAUGUGUGCAGGUGUACAGUGCAUUCGGAAAGAAUUCAGACCCUUUCACCUUUUCAACAUUUUGUUACAUUACAGCCUUAUUCGAGAAUGUAUUAAAUCAUU